AUGUCAUCAUCAAAUACACCGAAUCUUCACCCAUCUUCCUCGAUACCUGCACCAGUUAUACCCAAACCUAUCCCAUUCGAGAGGAUAGAUACGCACUCGAUCAAACAGCAACUGCACGAUGUACUGGGUGAAGAUGGAUUGCCGUACUGGAAAGCACUCAAUGGGUAUCUUUUAGGUCAAUUGGCGAGGAGCGAGUUGGAGGGGAUGGUACGAGGAUGGUUCAAAGGUGAUAAAUUGGAACUACACAACACUCUCCUUCUAUCUCUCCUGAACAAUGCCUCGAUCCCACCAACUCUCUACACACCAAUACCAACCACUUUGUCCGCCCGGAAGCGCAAGAGAGUGUCAUACGAUGAUGUAGAAUACGACGUGGAUGAAGAGGCCAUUCAGCCGAAAUUGAGAGUCACCCAAUGGAUAUCUGGCUUGAACGGUAGAGAGAGGAUGAGGAUUAAGAGGUCGGUUUUGGGUAAGAAUGGUAAUGGUGGUUUGGAAGAUGGCUCCGGUGCGAAUGAGGGAUUGGUCACGGGGGGUAGAAGGGCGUCGGCUUGGGGAGGUCAGAGUAAUUUCUUCCCACCAUCCACAUCCAACCCAACCCGUCACCUCCCGUCCUCAGCCCAACUUUCCCUCCAACUCUCGCAAUAUGCCAAAAUACACGGACUCGGUCUAGCGCCAGACUCAACAGCUGAGAUUGGUGAAUUUCUAGCAGUGGGGUUGGACUCGCAUAUACAAGAUAUGUUAUAUGGGUUGAUCCAACUUACGGGACAUGAUAGACCUGGAAUCAGUACAGUUAGAUUAUCCAAGGAUCAAGACCAUUCCAACGAAGAUGGGGAGAAAAACGAUGAGAUGCAAGUAUCUACAAAGAUGAAGAAAGAAGAAACAGAUGAAUCACCAAAGGUCGAUUUAAAUUCACUAAACCAUUUGUUGAUGCUCAAUCCUACUUUGAAUCCUACCAUCUCACCGUCUAUAUACAAGUUGAAAUCUGGACAGAUAUCAUCAACCCAAGAUACAACCAUUCCAACUUCUUUGAAAGAUACAAACAUCAAUGGCGGUAGUCAAAGUUCAUCGCCCGUGACUUCAACAUCAAAUCGAAAUCGAAAUAAUGAUAACAACAAUGGUAAUAAACCAAGAUCCGAAGUUAUUACCAAUCGAUUGCUAGAGAAUAGUUUAUUGAAAUUAGAUAAUAUCACUACUACCGCUCCCGGAGGAGCAGGUGCAGAUCAGAAAAAGGAAAAGAAACAUACAAGUCAUUGGAAAUAUGAAGAUCCGGCUGUAUUACUUAAAGAUUUCUUGGGAUAA